AUGCUUGAUCAGUUUGAUGAUACGUUAGCUGCGAUACAUCAUUUGUCGAAAGGCCAGGUCAAAGUUAUCAUCGCACCGCAUGAUUCUCACGCCCUUCGUGGAACAAACGAUAUUCCCUGUGACGCUUAUUGCAAGAAACUCAACGGCGCUUUCCUUGACUUUUAUAGCGUAGAAGAAUACCGCGAACUCUACAAAACUCGUCUCGACGUCUUCUUUAAACACUACCCCUCCAAAAACUUUGACGGCCGCCCAUGGAGCAAACUCUCAGAAGUCAUCCUCGGCGUAGACACCCAAAACCAACCCUUCAGCUCAAUCUGGCCCAUACCCGCAGGCGAGUCCUGGAUCUGCGACAUAGCCACCCAUCUACACGACACCAUCAACCUCUCUGCCUCCUCCAUUGCCUCAUAA